AUGCUCCGCCGUCGUGUGGCCAAGGACAAGGACGGUGCGUCCGCAUCGCCGUCCCCGUCCGACUCCCGCGACAUCCCCGACUCGACUGCGUCGGCGCAGAAGAAACCCAAAGGAGAGUCGUUUGUCACCAAACCUCGGAGUAAACGGCGCAAUGGUCUUAUCUUCGUCCUGGGUGGCUUGUUUGGUGUCCUCGUGGCCGUCCUCUUCGCCAACCAGCAGGAUGUGAUUAGUCUGGAUAGCAUAAUGGAUCUGAACUUGGAGUCGUUGAUGGAUGUUAUGCCUCAGGGAUUGCUCUCGGAUGUCAGGGAAUUCACGCAACAUGAACGCGACACCGUCAACUACGACUCCUUCUCCGUCGGUCUGCACCUCCAAGCCGAAGGCGUCCACGCCAAACACCCCAUUGUCAUGAUCCCCGGCGUCAUCUCGACCGGCCUCGAGAGCUGGGGCACCGACGCAAACUCCCGCCAGUACUUCCGUCGCAGACUCUGGGGUAGUUGGAGUAUGAUGCGCGCACUGGUCCUCGACAAGACCGAAUGGAAGAACCACAUUAUGCUAGACAAGGAAACCGGCCUGGAUCCCCCCGGCAUCAAGCUCCGCGCCGCGCAGGGCUUUGACGCUACCGACUUCUUCAUCACCGGCUACUGGAUCUGGAACAAGAUCCUCGAGAACCUCGCAACGAUCGGCUACGACCCGACCAACGCCUUCACCGCCGCCUACGACUGGCGCCUCUCGUACCCCAACCUCGAGCGCCGCGACCAGUACUUCAGCCGACUGAAAUCCUACAUCGAGACCGCCGUCCAGGUCGGCGGCGAGAAAGUCACCCUCGCGUCACACAGCAUGGGCUCACAGGUGGUCCUGUACUUCCUCAAAUGGGUCGAGCACCCGGACCACGGCGCCGGCGGCCGCGACUGGGUCAACAACCACAUCGCCAACUGGAUCAACAUCAGCGGAUGCAUGCUGGGCGCCGUGAAGGGCCUAACGGCCGUCCUCUCCGGCGAGAUGCGCGACACCGCCCAACUCAACGCCUUCGCCGUCUACGGGCUCGAAAAGUUCCUCUCCAAGGAAGAACGCGCCGAGAUCUUCCGCGCCAUGCCCGGCAUCAGCAGCAUGCUUCCCAAGGGCGGCGAAGCCGUCUGGGGCAAUGCAACCUGGGCCCCGGAUGACCUGCCCGACCAGUCCCAGUCCUUCGGCACCGUGCUCAACUUCCGCGAAACCAACUCCUCCCACACCAGCAAGAACAUGACCGUCACCGAAAGUCUCAACUACCUCUUCGACGAAUCCGAGUCCUGGUACCGCGACCAGGUGCUCAGCAGCUACUCCCACGGCGUGGCUCACACAGCCCGCGAAGUCGAAGAGAACGAAAACAACCCCCGCACAUGGCUCAACCCCCUCGAAGCCCGGCUCCCGCUCGCCCCGGACCUUAAAAUCUACUGCUUCUACGGCGUCGGAAAACCCACCGAGCGGAGCUACUACUACCAGGAAGAACGUGACCCCUUGGUCAACCUAAACGUCAGCAUCGACACGACAGUAACCAACAACGACGGCGUCGAUCACGGCGUCCUCAUGGGCGAGGGCGACGGCACCGUCAAUCUCCUGAGCACGGGCUACAUGUGCGCCAAGGGCUGGCGCAUGAAACGGUACAACCCUGCCGGGGUACAAGUCAAGGUCUUUGAGAUGCCGCAUGAACCGGAUCGCUUCUCGCCCCGUGGUGGUCCGAAUACAGGUAUGCCCCAAAAACCCCCCUUAGCAUCUCCCUUUCCACCCUUCCGGAGAAUUAUUUCUGAUAUGAGAGAGUAUAUAGGCGACCACGUCGACAUCCUCGGCCGCGCAUCCCUCAAUGACCUCAUCCUCCGCGUAGCAGGCGGCCAAGGAGACCAGAUCGAAGAGACGUUCGUCUCGCGGAUUAAGGAGUACGCGGAUCGGGUACAGGUUUUUGAUGAUGAAUGA